GCCCGGGAACCAACCUGGUGGCCACCUCCAGGGCAGGGCAAGGCGAGCAGGGCUUCCGCGGCGCAGCGGGAGAGGCGGCGGGCUGGGUCGGGCCGAGCCGGCCAGGGUAGGAUGGGCGCCGCGGAACUCAAGGCGGAGCCGCCGCCAAUGCUGCUCUUGCUACCGCUGUUUCUUCUGCCACUGCCGCCGCCGCCGCAAGAGCCCUAAAAGAGAGCCGCGCUGGCCCAGGGAGCUGCCCUUUAACAUAAUCAUCACAUCACUGACAAUAGGAUACCUUUAAAGAUUGUCCAUCCUUUCCUGUUGGGUGUUUUACACCUAUCUGGCUCCCUGGGACUACACGUUGCAUUGAAGCUCUCUGUCACUUGCGCCAGUCUCCUCUGGCUGGGUGGUUCUACAUUUAUCUGCAGGAAACUUGGAGGCGGGCGUGAAAGAUGGCUGCCACACAGGAAGUACCUCCUCCCGCAUUAGGCCUCCAUUUUUUAUACCCAUUAGAAGAAACAAUGGCACCCAGGGUGAAAAUAGAAGAGCCGGGACCUCCAUGCCCUGAAGCUGGUUGGGAAUGGGAUGCUCCGGGGAAGACUCCUCUUGUUGUCCAGGCAGGCACCAUUAGUGAUCUGUUGAGGUGGGCAACUCCUCCCCAAGUGAGGAGCGACCCAAUUCCACAGCUCUGGGAGGUUCAGUGCCAGGAGAUGGUGCAAAGCCUGAGGACACCUGCUGACGUCAUGCCAGCCCCUGUGCCUGUCCCACCCCCAGCCCCUGGCUGGAGCAAUCUCCAGCUACCUGAGCUUGCACCCGUGGAUGACAUCGAAGCCUACCUGUCAUCCUUUGAGCGGGCAGCCGAAUCAUGCCAGUGGCCAAGAGGAGAGUGGAUGAGCCGCCUUAUGCCAGCUCUUGGAAAACCCCAGCCACCCCAUAAUGGCUUGGAUGCCAGAAGUAGCAGGAAUGAGCACAGAAAGUCCAAAUCUUCCGGCCUGCGAGGGGAAUCAGGUGCCAAUGUAGAAAUGCAACGGCAGCGUUUCCGGCAGUUCCGUUACCAGGAUUCCGAAGGCCCCCGGGAGGCUUGUCGGAGGCUCCGGGAACUUUGCCGACGUUGGCUGAAGCCAGAGAGCCGCACAAAGGAGCAGAUUCUGGAACUGCUGAUCCUGGAGCAGUUCCUGACCAUCUUGCCCCAAGAGAUCCAGAACUGGGUGUGGGAACGAGGCCCUGAGACGUGCGCCCAAGCAGUGGCCUUAGUGGAAGGAUACCAGAUGGGACGGCGAGAGGCAGGGAUGUGGGAGCAGCAGGUUACAGUGCGGGUCAAGGUUGAACAGGUAAGCCCCCAGGAAAUGAUUUUACCUGGAGCACCGUGGGAUCCUUCAGCCUCGCUGCUGCCCCAUCCUGAGUAUCUAUCCUCAUCCGAUAUAACACUAAACCAGCCUGUCCCAGGCCCAGCUCUCAAGAUGCCCUGCAUCCCAAAACAGGAACCACAGGGCCUUCAGGAAACAGCACAGGAAGACAUAAUCUGGAUGGAACUUGGUGGAAGUUUGGAAGGAGUAAGACAAGGCUCCCUACUGGCCAAUGGAAACCGAAAGGAGCACUCUUUGCCCGGAGGCACGAUGGAAACGGGAUUGCUACCUGGGAAUUCCCGGGAGAAAGUGUUGGGUGAGAAUUGUGGUGAACGGAUGGGUCAACAAUUUGAAGUGAGAUGUGGAGACACAAGAGAGAAUCCAGUUGCACACCCCAACUCUUUUGGACGCUCUCACCCAGCGGGAAAGUCCCUUCACCAGUGUUCACAGUGUGGGAAAACAUUUAGCCGUAACUCACAUCUGCUCACCCACCUAAGGAUCCAUACUGGGGAGAAGCCCCACCAGUGCCCUCAGUGUGGCAAACGUUUUGGUCAUACUUCCCAGCUGACACGUCAUCAGAGGACCCAUGCCUCAGAGAGACCUUUCCGAUGUGCUCAGUGCAGCCGAAGUUUUUACCAGAGCUCAGAGUUGACCAGGCAUCGAGUAUCCCAUGCCAGAGACCGUCCGUACGGGUGCAGCCAAUGUGGGAAGAAGUUCCGUUGGAGUUCUGAUCUCAUCCGACACCAGAUCACCCAUACAGGAGAGAGACCAUACAAGUGUCCUGACUGUGGGAAGAAGUUUGGUCAGAAUUCACACCUGGUUCGACAUCGGAGAACCCACACUACUUAGCCAAGAUCUUCCCAGAAAGAAAGAAAACCGUGUUUCCCAGCAUUGAAAGCUCAAUAAGGGCCAAAACAUGGAACCAGACCACCACUUAGCUUAGUGUCAUAAUGAGCCAGAUGACAGAUGAACCUUUGGUUCAAUAUCUGCAGAGGUUUAUCUGUGGAUGUGGCUUAAUUAGAAAGAACCCAGUCUGUCUCCAGCGGGAUAGGCAAGGUGGUAGUUCCACAAUAUCAAUUUUU